CCGAGUCCCCGAUACAAGAUGGCGGAGACGGUGGGGAGGGAGAGGCGGAGGCGGGUCCGGAUUGAAUAGUGCAAAGCCUAUACAGGAUUCCCGACAAACCUCAGUAAGGGCAGGACAUAUGAGGAGAAAUGACAAGCGAAAAUCACAACACAGUGAAGGGGGAGUCGGCAGUGGUGAUGUCUCCCACUGGGUCCUCAACUCAGGGGCCACCACUCCUGCCCUCAACCAGCAAACCAACCCAAGAGUUACCUGAUGAACUGAUUCAGGCUGGUUGGUCAAAAUGUUGGAGCAAGAGAGAAAACCGGCCAUACUACUUCAAUCGCUUCACCAACCAGUCGUUGUGGGAGGUGCCUGUUCUUGGGCAGCAUGAUGUUAUUUCUGACCCCCUGGGUUUGAAUGCGGCCCCAGCCUCUGAAGAGGCGCCAGGUGGUGCUGGAGGGGCCGGCGAUGCAAGCAUGGGUAACGGCCAGCGCAAGAGACGCCCUUCAGAGGAGGCUGCUGUGGGGGGUCCGAACAGCUUCAAGCGGCCCAGGGUGGACAUCCCUCCAACUCCAACCACACCUACAAUUCCCAUACCACCCAGCACCCCAGGUGCCAAACCAUGGCACUCCUCUUCAGAGGACAAGCAGGCACAACCUGCUACAACUACUCCCACUCCUGCGCUUGUGCCUGCACCUGCACCUGGAACUGCACCUGCCCCAGCCCCUGCACCUGCCCCAGCUCCAGCUCCCACCCCAUACCGUCCUUCUGUAGUGUACUGGGACCUGGAUAUCCAGACCAAUGCAGUGAUCCGAGAGCGAGCCCCGGCCGACUACCUGCCACCCCAUCCGGAGAUUGAGAUGCAGCGUGCCACGCUCACCACCAAGCUUCGGCAGCACUACCACGAGCUCUGCUCCCAGCGGGAAGGUAUCGAGCCUCCCCGUGAGUCUUUCAAUCGAUGGAUGUUAGAACGGAAGGUGGCGGACAAAGGUGUCGAUCCCCUGCUGCCUAGUGAGUGUGACCCAAUCAUCUCGCCGUCCAUGUUCCGGGAAAUCAUGAACGACAUUCCCAUCAGGCUAGCUCGCAUUAAAUACAAAGAAGAAGCCCGGAAGCUCCUGUUCAAGUACGCUGAAGCUGCGAAGAAAAUGAUCGACUCAAGGAAUGCCACACCAGAGAGCAGGAAAGUGGUGAAAUGGAAUGUGGAGGACACCAUGAACUGGCUAAGGAGAGACAUGUCGGCAAGCAAAGACGACUACAUGGACCGCCUUGAUCACUUACGGAAACAGUGUGGGCCCCAUGUGACGGCCGUCGCCAAGGACUCUGUGGAGGGGAUCUGCACCAAGAUCUAUCACAUCUCGGCAGAGUAUGUGCGGCGCCUGCGCCAGAUUCACCUCAACCUCCUCAAAGACUGCAACAUCACAGUGGACGGUGCAGAGACUCCAGACGUGCAGGACCGACUGGUCUACUGCUACCCCAUCAGGUUGAACCUCGCCUCGCCGCCCCAGCCCCGCGUAGAGCUGCACUUUGAGAACGACGUCGCCUGCCUACGCUUCAAGGGCGAAAUGGUGAAAGUCAACCGCAGCUACUUCAGCAAACUGGAGCUUCUUUAUCGGUACAGCUGUAUUGAUGACCCGAGGUUUGAGAAGUUCCUGUCGCGUGUGUGGUGCCUUAUAAAGAGAUACCAGGUGAUGUUUGGCUCUGGUGUGAAUGAAGGCACUGGUCUGCAGGGGGCUCUUCCUGUUCCAGUGUUUGAGGCGCUCAACAAGCAGUUUGGUGUCACUUUCGAGUGUUUUGCGUCGCCGCUCAACUCCUACUUCAAGCAGUUCUGCUCGGCCUUCCCUGACAUUGAUGGCUUCUUUGGAUCCCGGGGACCUUUUCUGAGCUUCACUCCAGCCAGUGGGUCAUUUGAGGCAAACCCCCCAUUCUGUGAGGAGCUGAUGGACGCAAUGGUGAAACACUUUGAGGAUCUGCUUGAGCGCUCCAGUGAGCCAUUGUCUUUCAUCAUCUUCGUGCCGGAGUGGCGUGACCCCCCGACCCCCGCCCUCACACGCAUGGAAGCCAGUCAGUUCCGGCGGCACCAGAUAAACGUGCCUGCCUUCGAGCACGAGUACCGGAGCGGCUCCCAACACAUCUGCAAGAAAGACGAGAUGUGCUACAAGGCCGUCCAUGGAACAGCAGUGCUCUUCCUUCAGAAUGCAGCCGGCUUUGCUAAGUGGGAGCCCACCGCUGAGCGCAUCCAGGAGCUGAUGUCUGCCUACCAGGUCUCCACCCGGCCCCUUGCCUCCCCAGGAACGCCCUCCUCUUCUUCCUCGAGCGGAGGUGGCAGUGGGGACAAAGACUCCAAGGCAGGGCCUGAGCGAUCUGUGAGCCUGGACACCAUACCAGGCAGCCAAGAAAACUGCAGUCCAGCAGAGAAGACCACACCAGAUGCAGCAAGUGUUUAAACAGAGGACGAUUUGGAAGUAGUGAGGAAUCGUGUGUUGGGGUGUGUGUGUGUGUGUGUGUGUGUGUGUGUGUGUGCGCGCGCGUGCGCCUGCGCCUGCGCGUGUGUGUGAGAUGGAGAGGUGCAACUCUGGAGUGCUGCUGAAGGAGUUUGUUAUCGGGAAUGAGUCUCAAUUUAUUAGCACUAUGGGGGUGGUCUAAGAUACAUGUUUACUUUCUCUGCCUCUACUAUUUAAUAUAAGUUGGAUUGAGUUACAAUUUUAUUAUUGUCUUUUUUUAAUAACGUAGUUGUCUAGGGUGUUUGUUGGCAUUACGGUUGUUAUAGAUUCUGAUCUGUCAUUCUGGUAAUUGUUCUUUUCUAUACUUGCUGACGUUGCAAGUUUCACUGGCUGAAAUUAGGCGAAAAAAUCCUUCUGUAGAAGGAAGAAUCUUUUAGUUUUUUUUGUUUGUUUGUGUGUGUUUCAGUUGCCUUUUCAGGCAACAGAAGGGAGACGUACAAACCCUUGAUUUUUUGGCAGCUAUGUUUUUUGUAACCCCCGCCCCCCUCCUCAAGUGUGGAGGAGAAACAUCAGUAAAGCCGUGUACACAUCACAUCCCCGUAGUACAAUAGACUCUUCCAUUGUGCAGAACUUAGCCGCUCUACAUGCAACAGAGACAUUGUGCAUUACUUAGCCGGUCUACAUGCAAGGCCGUGCCCUCUGACCCCGUCUCCAGCGAAGAACUGGAUUUAACCUCGUUUGAGGAAUUCAUGUUU